AUGCGAAAAGCGCUGCGCCCGCUCCAGCAGGCUCCACAAAGCUCCCCAGUGCCUGAACCGCCCGCGCGCGCGACAGCAAGCAGCCCCACGCACAGCCAUGUCCGAUCACAGAGCGUCGAAAACCUGCGAUACAUACCCUAUGAUGGCUCCGUCUCUCCUCCUAGCAAGCCGCGACCGUUGUCGCUGGCCAUCUCCCGAACAGACUCUGCGAGCGCGCCCACUCGCGAUCACGCAUCGCGUCCGCUGUCAGCUCACCUCGAGCGCCCUGAGCUGCAGAGCUUCCAGAAGUCGUCGACGGGACACUUGCGCACCCUGUCCAAAUUCGCCGAGUCGGCCAGCGAUGAAGACUUUGCAAUCAAGUCUCCCGAGCACCAGGUGGUCGGUCUGCAUGGGCGAAGGAGGCUGCAACGGACCGACCCACAACGGGAGAAGAAGACGGCCUCAGCGUGGUCCAGUCGCAAUUGGAUGGAUCAGCAGCGCCAAUUCUUGCAAGCAUACGAAUAUCUCUGCCAUAUUGGAGAGGCAAAAGAGUGGGUGGAAGACAUUAUCCACUCGGAUCUCCCACCCGUCGUCGAAUUGGAAGAAGCCCUGCGAAACGGUGUGACCUUGGCCGAGAUUGUACAGGCCAUCAAAGGAAAGCCGUUGCGCAUAUUCCGGGACCCCAAGUUACAAUAUCGACACUCGAACAACUACGCCCACUUCUUUGCCUUUUUGUCUGAAGUCGAGCUCCCAGACCUGUUCCGAUUCGAGCUGAUCGAUCUGUAUGAGAAGAAGAAUAUCCCCAAAGUCAUCUACUGUAUACACGCGCUUUCAUGGCUACUGUUCCGGAAGGGUAUAGUCGACUUUCGUAUCGGCAACCUCGUAGGUAAACUACAGUUUGAGGACCAUGAACUGGAGGCUACCCAAAAAGGCCUGGACAAAUCCGGCGUCAGCAUGCCGAAUUUCUCAGGUAUGCAGGCGAAUUUCCAGGUGGAACCAGAGCCAGAACCAGUCGAAUCCGAAGAGGACCGCGUCGACCGCGAAUUGGCCGAAAAUGAACACAUCAUUGUUGACCUUCAGGCACAAAUGCGAGGCGCUCUGGAAAGGAUACGAUUGGGAAACCUGAUGCAGGAUCUGUGGGAUUACGAGCACCUCGUUGUGGACCUGCAAGCACGCAUUCGAGGUGACUGGGCUAGACAGAUAGCCUACUACCGGAUGGACAUGCGUCGAUUCGCAGUGACCCUACAGAGCGCCGCCAGAGGAUACCUGAUUCGAUCCAGGUUGCAAGGCGAAGAGCAGUACUGGCAGGAUAAGGAAGUGCAGGUGCUGAAGGUGCAGAAUUUGUUCCGAGGACGCAAAGCCAGGGCACAAGUCCAGUACACCAAGUCGAAAAUUCAGCAACAGGAGCAUGGCAUACGCCAAUUCCAAGCAGCAGUUCGAGGAGCACUGGAACGACUACGCGUCUGCGACCGCUACGAGCAGACCCGCGACACGGAGCCUGCCGUGGUACACGUACAGUCGAUGAUUCGUGGUGCCCUUCUCCGGAAUGAGGUCGAUCGACAAUGGACGGAGCUGAAAGAGAGCGAGCCUCAGACUGUACAACUCCAGGCUGUCUCCCGAGCAGUGCUUCUUCGCCAAUCAAUGCGUGCCGACCAGGAGAGCCUUCGCCAACACGAGUCUAUUGUCACCAUGCUACAGGCCGCUGCACGAGGCCUUAUGGCUCGAGGCAAGAACGCCGAUGUGCAAAAGAAUCUGGUAAGCUCACAUGUUAAUUGGUCCGAUCUUCAAUCUCAAGUUCGGGGCAACACUAUCAGGAGCUCUGUUAGGGAGCUGCAAGAAGCGCUUCAAGUCGAAGUGCCCAACAUCACUGAUCUGCAGGCUGUAGCAAGAGGAGGCAGGAUGCGUUCAGAAGUUGCAGACACCCUUGCCCAACUGAAUGAUCAACAAAGCGCUGUUCUUUCUCUUCAGUCCUUCAUUCGCGGCUUCCUUUCAAGGCAGAGGCACUUCUCUGAUCUCAAGGCACUUCAGGCACAAACACCCACUAUCCUUGACCUUCAGUCUGCUUGUCGAGGAUUCGUUCAACGACAAAAAACCUAUGAAAUUCUGUGCGAGCUCAACGCACAAGAACCAGAGAUCAUCGAACUGCAAGGUGUGGCACGCGGCAUGUUACUGCGCAUGCACAUUGGCGUGCAGCUCGGCCAGGUCGAAGAGCACGAAGAGGCUAUCAUUGAGCUUCAGGCCUUGGCUCGUGGAAUGAUGAUACGACAGAAGUUCGUCGAGAAGAAGCAGUUCUACAAGGAGAACAUGGAGAAGGUCAUCAAGGUUCAGAGCUUCAUCCGCGGGCGCCAACAGGGUGAAGCAUACAAGAGCUUGACGAGCGGGACAAACCCUCCUGUGUCCACAGUCAAAAACUUUGUUCAUCUUCUGAACGACAACGACAUUGACUUUGAUGAGGAAAUCGAAUUCGAGCGCUUACGAAAGACCGUCGUGCAACACGUGCGACAGAACGAGCUUGCUGAGCAAUACGUCGACCAACUUGACAUCAAAAUCGCGCUCCUGGUGAAGAACAAGAUCACACUGGACGAAGUCGUCAAGCACCAGAAGCACUUCGGCGGCAACGUUGGAACCCUCCUCAGCAGCAAAGACAUCUCUUCGAAAGAUCCAUUCGAUCUGAAGGCCCUCAACAAGAACUCUCGCAGGAAGUUGGAGCAGUACCAGGAACUCUUCUUCACCCUGCAGACCCAACCUCAUUACAUGGCACGGCUCUUUAGACGCGUUCGCGAACUAAACAUGGCCGAGAAGGAUACUAAGCGCAUCGAGCAGCUGACGAUGAGUCUUUUCGGGUUGGCUCAGAAGCGCAGGGAAGAGUACUGGCUACUAAAGCUGCUAGCACGGUCUCUAACGGAGGAAACCGAAGGCUGCGCAACGCUACAGGAGUUUGUGCGUGGAAACUUCUUCUGGGCCAAGCUCUUCGGAAACUAUGUUCGAUCACCACGGGACCGCAAAUUCCUCAAAGAAGUCCUAGGCCCACUCAUCCUAGAGAACAUCAUUGAAAAUGAACACCUGGAUCUGGAGAGCGACCCGAUGCAGAUUUAUCGGUCAGCUAUCAACAACGAAGAGCUUCGCACUGGCCAACGCAGUCGUCGCGACCCGAAUGUCUCACGAGAUGUAGCGCUAAAGGAUCCCGAGACGCGCGGCACCUUUAUCCACAACCUCCAGGAUCUUCGAGAUGUUGCAGACCAAUACUUCUCUGUGUUUGAGGAGGUUCUUCACCGAAUGCCGUACGGAGUCCGGUACCUCGCCCAGCAAAUGUUUGAAGAACUUCGCCAAAGAUUUCCUUAUGAGGCGCCAGAGCAACUCCUGCAGAUCGCAGGCCACUGGGUGUGGAAGUCGUACAUAAUGCCUGCCUUGAUCCAACCACAGCACUGGGGCGUGGUUGACCGCGGCCUGUCUCCUAUCAUGAAUCGGAACCUGGGUGCUGUUGCGAAGGUUCUGGGUCAAAUCGCAUCAGGGAAGUUGUUUGGUGGCGAGGAUCUCUACCUCCAGCCGCUCAACAGCUACAUAACCGAGGCUAUCGAUCGUCUACAGGACAUCUGGUCGAAUAUGAUCAACGUGCGUGAUCCCGAGGCCCAAUUUGAAAUUGACGAGUUCAACGAUCUGUUUGCACGGACGAAGCCGACCCUGUAUAUCAAGCUUGCAGAUGUGUUUGCUAUACACAAUCUCGUCAUCGAUGAUCUUCCCACUCUCUGCCCUGCCCAUGACGACCCUCUUCGUGAGGUGAUUCGUGAACUCGGCAGCGCAAAGAACAACGAAAACGAACUGUUACACGUCAGCUCCACUGAGAUCACGUUGACGCUGAACCCAAAGUACCAUGAACAAGAAGACCCCGAUGCGCAAAUCAAGUCACUCUUCAUGGAGACCAAGCGUUACGUACUGUACAUCAUCCGCGUCCAAACCGGUGCAAACCUGACAGAAAUCAUGACUAAACCCAUCACACCCGAGGAUGAAGACCGCUGGGACGCCCUGGUUCGCGAAGAACUCGCCGCACAAAACAAAGACCGGUCACGAAAACACAGCGCUGUGCGCUCCUCAGCCGCCUCCACAUACACCACAGAUAUGGGGUCCAACUCCGUGCUGGAUCUAGAUUAUCCCACUCUCAAGCAGUAUUGUCUGGAGAACAUGGUGCAUCUCCAACGCGCAGGCCGCAUCUCCCACCUCAACAAUUAUCAAGACGUGCUCAACGCUAUUGCUGUCGAUAUCCGCACGAAGCACCGCCGGCGCAUCCAGCGCGCCAAGGAACUCGAGGGCGUGCGGAUUACGCUCUCCGCUCUAGACGAGAAAGCGCAUUUCCUCGAGAGCCAGCUCAAGAGCUACAACGACUACAUCGAGCAGGCUAUGGUAACGCUGCAGUCCAAAAAGGGAAAGAAGAAGUUCCUCCUGCCUUUUACAAGACAGUACAACCAUCAGCGAGAACUACAGCGCGCAGGGCGGGAAUAUCGAUUCGGCUCCUUCAAAUACUCGGCCCGCAACCUCGCUGAAAAGGGCAUCCUCAUCUCCUGGUCCGGCUAUCCAGAGCGCCAAUGGGACCGCCUCGACAUCACCAUCUCGUCCAACUCAACGGGUACCUUUGAAAUCCAGGGCUCCCAGGGCUCCAUGAUGAUCCCCGGCGCGUUUGCAGAAGUGCCGCUCGACGGCCUACUACAAGCGCAGUUCGACAACCACCAAUUCAUGAAUCUCUUCGGCGAUGGGCGAGAUGGGUCGGGCGGUGGCGCCGUCAGGGUUAAUGUUAAUUUGUUCCUGCAUUUGAUCUUCAAGAAGUUCUACCGCGACGAGUAA